AUGGUCGUGGGGCUGCGCCUCGCCCUGCCCUUUGACGACUUCCUGCACUCCGUGCCGCUCUUCGCCCAGCAGCUCAGUGCGGGGCUGCAUGUGACGCCGCAGCAGGUGCAGGUGUGGGGCGUGGAGUACGACCGUCAGGGCACGGGUUUCCUAGACACCACGUCGUACCUGCUGCCCCUGCACGGCACACAGCUUCCCGCCUCCCUGGUCGCGUCCAUCCGCCGGCGUCUGCUGGGCGGGCAGGUGUGGCUGGACCCCGCCCUGUUCGGCCGCUUCCAGGUGCUCUUCAUCCUCAACCCCGGCGACCACCUCCCCCCGCCCGCCCUGCACCCCGCCUCCGCGCCCGCCCCCCCUCCCCCGCUCUGGCCCGCCUCGUCGGAGGGCUGGGCGCCGCCACAGGCGGGCGGGGGAACGGAGGGGGGCGGCAGCACGGGGCACUCGAUGGCGGCGCUGGAGGUAGCGCUGUUCAUUGUGGCGCCCUGCGUGCUGCUGCUCCUCAUGCUCGCCUCCUGCCUCGCCUGGCUCCUCCUCUACCGCCGCCGCCCCCACCGCUCCGCUGCUGUGGCCGAUGCCGCCACUGUUGCCGCUGCUGCGGGUGCACCGAUGGCAGCAGACGUGGCGGACAAGGAUGGUGGGCUUCCCGUGGAAAAGGGGCUGGAGAGCAUUGCGCCAUCCCAAGCGUGGCCAUCAUCGGCCGCAUUCUGCUCGCCCUCGCCCGACGCCCACGCGGCGCUGCCAUCAUCAUCACUGCCAAGCGAGGUAGCAGGGCUGGGCGUGAGCCUGGGGUUCGCGGGCACGGGCACGGGCCUCAACGCCUCCUCACUCGCCCUGCGCGGACUCGCCACAGCGCCAGCGGGCGCGGUGGUGUUCUCGCUGCUGCAGCUGCGGCGCGCCACCAACGACUUCCACGCAGACAACCUGCUGGGGCAGGGCGGGUUCAGCCGCGUGUACCGCGGCGAGCUGGCGGAUGACACACUCGUUGCUGUCAAGCUGCUGCACUCGCCGGAGGCGCACGGGGACGCAGGGGGCGCGGGGGCGGGGUGGGCGGAGGAGCAGGAGAGGGAGCGGGCGGACGCGGAGUUCAUGAAGGAGGCGCAGGUGCUGAGCUGCCUGCACCACCGCAACCUCGUGAAGCUGCUGGGCAUCUGUGCGGAGGGCGGGCGGCGCUGCCUGGUGUACCAGCUGGCCAGCAACGGCAGCCUCGCGUCGCACCUGCACGGGGUCAUGCGCGACGUGGCGGGCGUGAUGGAGUGGGAGCGGCGCAUGAAGGUGGCGCUGGGUGUGGCGCGCGCGCUGUCGUACCUGCACGACGACGCGAGUCCGCGUGUGGUGCACCGCGAUGUGAAGAGCGCCAAUGUGCUGCUGGACGUGGACUUCUCCCCCCUGCUCUCCGACCUCGGCCUCGCCAAGACCAUGCCCCACGCUGGCCCCACUGCACUGGCGGAGCAGGGAGCGGUGGGAGGAGGGGGACAGGCGUCCAGGAUGAUGGGCACCGUUGGGUACGUGGCACCGGAGGUGGCGCUGACGGGGCAGGUGCUGGUGCGCAGUGACGUGUACAGCUUUGGCGUGGUGCUGCUGGAGCUGCUGUCGGGUCGCAAGCCCAUCGACCACUCGCUGCCGCCGCCCCACCACAGCCUCCUGCACUGGGCCUCGCCGCUGCUGCUCAGCAGCACGGGGGUGAAGCAGGUGGUGGACCCGGCGCUCAAGGGGCGCUACCCCCUGGAGGCGGCCAUGCGGGUGGCGGGCAUCGCCAGCAUGUGCCUGCAGCAGCUCCCCGAAAAUCGCCCCUUCAUGAGCCAAGUCGUGCAGGCGUUGAAGCUAGUGUACAGGGAGGGCAGUGAUGGCAGUAAGAGCGAUGACGACGACGAGUCCUUCGCACAGCCCUCUCACACCUCCCAUCGCACACCUGCGCCUGCAUCCGCUGCCGCCACCAGUGCAGCGAGCGCUGGCCUUGGCGGUGAGAGCGGGCGGGUGAGUGAGAGCGAUGUGACGAGCAUGGGCAUGGACGUGGGCAUGGAGGCGAGUGAGAGCGCCAUGGGCAGUGCCGCCAUGACUCUCUCCCCCUCUGACAGAGGCCUCAUGCCCAGGCUGCUGCGCAUGCGCGUGCACGACCUCGACUACAGUGGGGACAUGGGGCUGCUGUCACAGGGUGAAGGGGAGCCCAGCGCAGUGCAGCCAUCCGCCCCUGCUUUUUCUUCCCUGCUGCCUCGCACCUUUCUCACACUGCUCUCUGCCCCCCAACUGCAAAUGUGCGUGCCGUGCAUGUGUGUGAGCAGUCCCUCGCUGGCACAUGCCCCCGCGCCACCUACUUUCACCUCAGGACCUCCUUGUCGGGGCCGCCUGUUCUCGCAGCCCCACCAGGCACCCCUCCCCACGCACGUGUAUGCUAAAGAUACACUCGAAUUCUCAGGGCUGUUCACCUUCCGAUCGGGUCGCCUCGCCAUGACCACUGCAAGGUGGUUGAAGCACAUCCCAAGGGUUCGCCUCAAGCGUCUAUUGGCUGAUCACGCCUGCUUGCCCGCUUCGAAGCCCAGGCGAGGCACGGCCAUUAAUGGAAACCCACGCUCUCCUCGCUCCCCUGCGCACUCAUCGCCGGGUCUCGUCCCACGCGUGCAGAUCUCGUCGCCAGUAGACCUGCCUGUCACGCCUGCCUCCACUCACCCCUCCGCUCCUCCCUCGUGCCUUUCCGCCAUGGCUGCCUGCCGAACGUGGACCUACCGCCGCCUCGCGGGGCUCGUGUUGCUCGCCGUGUGCUGCCACGUGCACCGCGCGGUCGCCUUGGCGCCCCUGGGCCGCGCGGAGCAGUCGGAGAUGCGCGAGACAGCGCGCUCCAUGUUCUACCACGCGUACGACAACUACAUGCGCUACGCCUUCCCUCACGACGAGCUGAAGCCGCUCUCGCGCUCCUACACCGACUCGCUGGGGGAGCUCGGCAACCUCCAGAUGCAGCACGUAUCGACCAAGUACAAUGGAAGCGCACUCACCCUCAUCGACUCGCUCUCAAGUCUGGCGGUGCUGGGCAACGUGAGUGAGUUCCAGCGGGCGGUGCGCUGGCUGGCGGCAUCGCUCUCCUUCCAUGCCGACGUGCGCGUCAACACCUUCGAGUGCAACAUCCGGCUGCUGGGCGGGCUGCUCUCCGGCCAUCUGCUCGCCCAGCACCACUCCCUGCUCCUCCACCCCCCGCCGCCCCCCACCUCGCCCUCCGGUCGGGGCACAGCUGACAGCAGGGAGGGAAGAGAGGGGCAGAUGGAGCAGGAGCAUGGACCGCGGACACACAGGGGAGAACGCGCAGCUGCAGAGGGGCAGGGUACAGGGGCCGCAGCAGGGGACGAGCAGGAAGGGGAGCGGAGGAGUAUGGGUGAGGAGGGAGAGGGGUUGAGGGCGGGAGUGGAGGCAGGGGGGGGCGAGGGGGAGGGGGAGACAGGGGCGUGGUACCGGGGCGAGCUGCUGGUGCUGGCGGAGCAGCUGGGGCGGCGCCUCAUGCCCGCGUUCAACACACCAACUGGCAUUCCCUACGCCUGGAUCAACCUCAAGUACGGGGUGAGGCCGGGUGAGACCACGGAGACCAGCACGUCUGGCUGUGGCUCGCUCAUCCUGGAGUUUGGGCUGCUGUCGCGCCUGACGGGCGACCCGUGUUUUGAGCGGGCAGCGCAGGGGGCGCUGAGGCGCGUGUGGGGCAUGCGGUCAGCAGUGGACCUGGUGGGGACCACGCUGGACGUGGCGAGUGGGCAGUGGGUAGAGGGCAACACGGGCAUCGGAGCAGGAGUGGACUCCUUCUACGAGUACCUGCUCAAGGCCUACGUGCUCUUUGGCGACCCCGACUACUGGCACAUGUUCCAGGCCGCCUACACCGCCACCCAGCGCUACCUGCGCACGCCGCACCCCUCCUCCUGGUACCAUGAUGCGCACAUGCACACGGGCAGCCCCACCUAUCGCCAGUUCGCCAGCCUGCAGGCCUUCUGGCCCGCCCUGCAGGUGCUGGCUGGUGACGUGGCAGCAGCCAAUGCGACGCACCGGCAGUUCUUCUCAGUGUGGGAGAAGUUCGGCCUGCUGCCUGAACGGUAUCUGUUUGACAUGGGGGUACCGCACCCCACGGAGCGCUACUACCCUCUCAGGCCCGAGCUCGCUGAGUCCACCUUCGCCCUCUACCACGCCACCAAAGACCCAUGGUACCAGCGGGUGGGGCAGACGAUGCUGCGCGACUUGAAUCGGCGCACGAGGGUGGCGGGGGGCUAUGCGAGUGUGAGGGACGUCACCACGGGCGAGCUGGAGGACCACCAGCACUCCUUCUUCCUUGCUGAGACGUGCAAGUACCUAUACCUGCUGUUUGACGAGUCAGCACUGGAGCGCGGCAACAUCCACAACUACAUCUUCUCCACCGAGGGCCACAUCCUGCCCGUGCUGCCGCAGUGGCACCACUCUCCUCCUCAUCAUCAGACAUCCCCCGAAGGACAAACUUCAGUAUGA